AUGAAUAAUAAUAGUAAAACCGUGAUUCAAUUAAUAGUUUUUUUGAUUUUGGUCAUCUUAUCAGAAGCCUUACCUAAAUAUGAAGAAAAUCCAAAAGCUUACGCCGAGAAAGCGCCCAGGAGUCGAUCAUAUCAUAGCCAAAACAAAACCGAGUUGCUUGAACCUAAGAUUGCCGCAACAAAAGAUCGACUUGAACGUCUGGGGUACACUACUGGCUAUGGAACAUUAAAUGGCUAUUCGGGAGCAACUGGGUUAUCGGCAUACAACCCCAUUAAACUUGAUCUUGGUGGAGUUGUUCUCGGCACGCUUGUGGGUAUUGGUGCAAUUAUAAUCAUACCUAAAUUGCUUGCCGCUUUUCAUGGAGGCUAUGGUGGAUAUGGACGAAAUGAAGACGGCAACAAUAACGAUUUAACAUACUUGAGUAUGAUGAUUAACAAGAUUGAUGAUGUCCUGGGUCAAAAUAAUAUUGAUUCUACAAACUGUAUGCAGCGUACCAUUUGCGGAUACGUGCGCACAACGGAGUACAAUAUCAAAACUGGAGAAUCAGACCAAAUUGAUGAGCUCAUUCACAUGUUGUCAGAGAAUUCUCUUGUCGAUUAUCUGUUGGACGGCACAGCAAUUAAAGAAGCUGUGGCAUAUGGAAAAAAAUCGAAUGCUAAAUCAUGUGAAGAUCUUUACCCAAACUGUCUUAUGGAUAGCAAAUCUAUUAAAAGUAUACUGGUAAAACUCUUGCCAAAGAAGACAGAAGUGUCGAAAUCAAUUUUAUAAGUAAUUAAGAUUCAGAAAUAGUAA